AUGAUAAUUCUAUCGUAUAAUUUACGUGGUGGUGGGAUUCGGGCUAAGCGUAAAAGAGUCGGAUUCCUAAUUCAAAAAGGAGAUGUCGAUCUUUGUUUCAUUCAAGAAACAAAACUUAGUGGAAUCGGAAUGAAUUUGGUCAAAGAGAUGUGGGGAGGGGUUGAUGUUGAAUGGUCCUUUUUGGAUGCUAUUGGAGCUUCGGGAGGUAUUCUCACUGUGUGGAAGAAAGAUUUCUUUGGUCUCAAUUAUAGUUUUAUAUGUGAAGGAUUUCUAGGUCUAUGUGUGGAGAAGGAGGGUAAACUUGUCUACUUUGUUAAUGUUUACACCUCUUGCGACAAACCUACUAGGAGGAGAACUUGGAAAAAACUAUGUGAGUUCAAGAACAACAACACCGAGGGAUAUUGGUGUAUUGGUGGUGAUUUCAACUCUACUUCUUCUUUAGAUGAAAGAAUUGGUGUUCCUAAUAGCGGCUAUAGUAUGGAUUUAAGAUUCUUCAAUGAAUUCAUAGAGGAAAUGGGGUUGGUGGAUCUUCCUACUAUAGGCGGAUUCUCUAAAGAAGAGGUUUGUACUAGACCGGAGCCGCAUGGGAUUAAUUUGAAUGUGCUACCGUUAGGGGAUUCUUUGGAUCUUGAAAAACCUUUUUCCGAAGAAGAGAUCAAGGAUGCUAUUUGGUCGUGUGAUGGGAACAAAAGUCUGGGCCCGGAUGGUUUUUCUUUGGAAUUCUUUAAAAGAUUUUGGUUUCUUCUUAAAGAUGAUUUGAUGAAGCUAUGCAAUGAUUUCUACUUAAAAGGUACGCUUGUCAAUGCAAUCACUUCUUCUUUUCUUGCGCUUAUUCCUAAAAAGAAGAAUCCGCAAGACUUGUCCGAGUAUCGGCCUAUUUGUCUAGUGGGGAGCAUUUACAAGAUUCUUGCGAAGAUUUUGGCGGCUAGAAUGAGAGGCGUAUUGGAUAAAUUGAUUUCUAUCACUCAAACCGCUUUUGUUCCGGGUAGGAGUAUGAUGGAUGUGGUUCUAAUGGUUAAUGAGAUACUUGAUUGGGAAAAAAGAAAAAAGAGGGGGUGUCUUUUACUUAAAGUGGAUUUCGAAAAGGCUUAUGACUCUAUUUCUUGGAAUUAUCUUAGAUGGAUUAUGGGAAGAAUGGGGUUCGGGAAGAGAUGGAUGAAUUAG